AAUAAAUUAACAUGUUUGUGGCACCACUAAGCAUUCAAAUUUCAAAUCCUCUUGCUCUCUAAUAAAAUUCUUAAAUUGAUAUAAAUUCCCCUGGAGCAGAUCAGAAACGAGGAAAAGUUUCUUCACGCGAAACUUUUCCUCUUGGAUGGCGCAAAUUAUUUUUAUAGAUUUAACAAUUGAAGCAGAUAUUGAAUCAUGAAUUAAUGUCUGUAAAACAUUAUUCACUUGUUUUUGAUUAAUUGAGUAGUUCUCUAUGCAAGCAUAUUAGCAUAUAUAUGUAAAUAUUUAAUUAAUUGGUUGUGAAUUGAAAAUGAAACUUUCUACCAUUACAAAACUCCCAAGCCAACUCAACAGGCUGGCAUCAUCCUCUGCUUCCCCUGCAUUUGCCCGAAAGACGACACACAAACCGUUGUUGACGGCCGGUGAAUUCUCUGAUGGCUCACGGAGCAAGGUUCCCAAAGGAUUCUUCGCUGUCUAUGUCGGGCCGGAGUUUCGGAGGUUUGUGAUUCCAAUAAGCAUCUUGGCCAUGCCGGACUUCAGGGAUUUGAUGGAGAGGGUGGCUGAGGAGCAUGGUUGUGAUCAUAGCGGUGCCCUUGAAAUCCCCUGCGAUGAAGAGCAUUUUGAACAUGUUUUGAUGAACUGUUACGAAAGGCAACAGAGGUUAUCUUCUAAGAAACACAAGAUCAAGCUUGACGGAGGCACCACAGUGUGAGGCAAUGUGAUUGCAUCAUGAGUGAGAAGGAGAAUAGCAGACCAGGAUUAUGAACAUCGCAUCGUGGAAGUUGAACGAGUCACAACGCCAUGAAGGAUUAAGAGAGACAAUGAAAAUAGUGUCUUCGUCGUGAGGAUGGAGAAGAAACAUAGGAGGGUGAAGGAAAAAGAGGGACUGCAUCAUGAGGGAAAAGAAAACCACAGAAGGGUGACAGAGGAAGAACGACAUCAUCAUGCGGAGAAGAGAUCCAGCGAACAAGUGUGACGACACAGGUGUACACAAUACCUAGGGUUAGAUUUUGGGAGUGAAAAUGUGAAUGCAAAUGUGAAGUGAGUGAGUGAAAGUGUGAAACAUGGUCGAGCCUAGAUAGCUAUGUUCGGUUCAGAUUUUGAUUUUCCAAACACGAGACCCGAACCAAACACCUUAGGUUACCCACCUCCAAAUCCGAACUUGCUCGCGAGCCCGACCCAUCCCGUGUUUCUGCGUUGGGUUUGAGUCGGGUUGACCAGGUUGGUCCAAUCAACCAAACUCGCGUUUGCACCCGUAUAUAAAACGGCAAAAGUACAUGUGCUUAAGUGAGCUGCAAUUGUGCUCCUAUUAACGAAACAAACGUGAAGGGGUAAAGUCAUGCUAUUCUUAAAUUAUCGGAAUGUAAGCAGUGUAUUUUGAAAGUGGGGAU